UUCAAAGGUCAUGUGCAGAACGCCGUGAGCACAAGCACACGCCUGCAACAUCAGUUUUUUUUCCACCGCAUGUUUUUCAGCCAUGCAGCACAAACAGUUCAUAGUUUAGCCGUUUUUUAUGUUUAUUAAUUUUUUUUUUUAAUGAAAGUUGAAUGUCCCGUGUGGUUUUGUCCGUUACAGCAAUGAAACAGAAGACAAACCGCCGAACACAACAUUAACGGUUAAACGGAGCUCCACUCCUGGAUGUUGAGCUAGCCGGCCAUGCUAGGUGGCUAACGCCGCUGAGAGAGAUGAAGACAUCCGGACCCAGCGUCAUGGACAUGUUUGAAAAGGGAAAAGUGGUGAAAAUAUGUGCUCCCAUGGUUCGUUAUUCAAAGCUGGCUUUCAGAUCUCUGGUGAGGAAGUACAACUGUGAUAUUUGCUUCACUCCGAUGAUAGUUGCUGCUGACUUCAUGCGGUCUGUCAAAGCCAGAGACAGUGAAUUCACGACUAAUGAAUCCGACCGGCCCCUGAUCGUGCAGUUUGCUGCCAGUGAUGCCGAGACUCUGGCCGCCGCAGCCUGUGUGGUAGCACCUUUCUCAGAUGGAGUUGACCUCAACUGUGGCUGUCCCCAGAGGUGGGCCAUGUCAGAGGGGUAUGGUGCAUGCCUUAUCAACAAACCUGAACUGGUGAAAGACAUGGUCAGACAGGUCCAAAACCAGGUGGACAAUCCAAACUACACAGCUUCCAUCAAAAUAAGAAUUCACAAGGACCUGAGGCGGACGGUUGAUCUUUGCCAGAAGGCUGAAUCGGCCGGUGUGUCAUGGAUCACGGUCCACGGCCGCACAGCAGACGAACGCCACCAGCCAGUCCACUACGAUGCCAUUAAGACAAUCAAAGACAGCAUAUCGGUCCCCGUCAUCGCCAAUGGGGACAUAAAGUACCUUCGAGAUGUAGAGUCUGUUCACCAGCUCACUGGGGUUGAUGGUGUAAACAAAAUCAUGACAUUGCAGUGGACUGCUGUGGCCACCUUCUUGUAUGUGGAGAUCGGCAUUCUUGUCAUCCUCUGUUUACCCUUCAUCUCGGCCAGGAGAUGGCAGAGUAUUUUCAAGCUGAGCAUCUGGAGCACGGUGGCGACAUUUUGGAACAAAGUGUUUCUCACCAUGAUCAUUAUCCUCAUUGUGCUGUUCCUUGAUGCUGUGCGUGAGGUGAGGAAAUAUUCCAGUGGAGAACAGGGCAAAGAUGCCAAGCUGCACCCCAACAUGUUUGACCACCUGCACAUGAAACUGUUCAGAGCCCAGAGGAACCUGUACAUCUCCGGCUUCUCCCUUUUCCUCUGGCUGGUCAUGAGACGUGUGAUUACCCUAAUUAAUCAACUAGCAACAGUGUCUUGCUCCACUGCUGCCCUUCAGGCACAGGUUGUGAACGCUGACCAGGCUGCCAAGAAAUACAUGGAGGACAAUGACCUGCUAAAGCAGGCUCUGAGGGACGGGAAAGGUGAUAAGGCCACUGCACAGGGCAUUGAGCUACUGAAGCAGGAGGUGGAGAAACUGAAAGGAGAGCUGAAGACCUCAGGGAAUGCCCUGGUGAAAUCCCAGUCAGACGCAGAGGUAAUGAAGAAGCAGAUGGACAGCCUGGCCAAGGAGUAUGACAGACUGUUGAAGGAACACCAGGAGCUUCAGAAUCUUCAAGACAGCGGAAAUAAAAAAGACGACUAGUUACUGAGAUGUCUUCUAAAGGUGAAAAUGUUUACUCAGCAAUUCAAACACGAGAGAAUCACUGCAUCAAAAUGCUUCCGUUCCUGUGCCACCCUGGGCCGCCGUGCAUGUCACAAAAACAGGAUUUUUUUUCCCGCCAAAGCACAGCAUUUGUCUGACAUCAGCACUGGGUCAGUUUAAUUUUAAAAGAGCAGCAGCCUGGCCUGGAUGGAGUCAGUAUUUUCAGUGGAAAUACUCAUUCAAUUCCUGAGGCUGCAUCAGGCAGUGUGACACAGGACUGUCCCUCAAGUGCACACCCUGUCAGGCAGAUGAAUUUCUCAAAGUAACUAGGAGAUUUUCAGCCAGUAACUGAUCCAUGUCUGAUCACAGAGCACUUGCUAAAUCAAAAAUAUGUGUAUGCGACCAGUGUUUCACUGUUGUGACUUUUUUUUAGACAGCUGCUUGUUUCAGGAGGCAGGAUUGACCCUCAGUACUCGAGUACUGUGGUAAACAGCUGUGAAUGUAACUUAAUGUAAAAUGUUUGAUACUUUGUAGCAAGGGAAGCUGUUGCAGUCACUUUGAUCUUAAGUGUGGAAAUUCAGUGUGUGCUUGUAAGGCUGUGCAAAUGAACUUUGUAUGUAUGGUAUUACCCUUGAGCAUAUAUAUGUACUUAUGUUUCCGUUGGUGAGUACGGUCAUUAGACAAGCAGGCUUGAUUCUUUUUUUCUUUGUUUUAUCAUUCCAGCUGAUGCACUGUUUUCUUAUGGGUUUUAGUUUUUUUUUUUUUUUCUUCUGACUGAUGACUUAGUGGUGGUGAAAAAUGCCAGAGGUUCCCUGACACCUAGUCCUUAUGGUUGUUUUUUCACUCUUAGUUGCAGCAUGUGAAUGUCAAAGGAAGGAACUGCUCACAUUGAGAUAAUCUGAUUAAACCCAAUGUGAUUUAAAUCUUUUUCCCCUUCUGUCUUUGGGCUAAAUAAAAAGGAUUAAGUCAGGGAUACAUAGUUAACGAAACAGAUGGGUCUGACUGUCACAUAUGUGGUACUGUGUUUAGAGUUUUGUUGCUCAAGUUUAAUUCAGUCACCUGACAGGGAAUGGUAUGCCAGUAUGAAAGGCAUACGGUUGUCAGUAUAAUGAUCCAGAGCCAUACCACUAUGAAAAUAGGAAUGUGAUUACAAUCACUGUAAUUUUUAUAGUUGGCGAUUUCCUUCUGCUAAAUCUUGAUUUCUAACAUACUUUUACAUUAUGGCUUAGUUUUCUGUUGGUGAAACUGUAACAAGUCAGAGAGACUGUAUAGUUUUUAUUGCUGUUCCACUUCUUUCAGUACUGCUUCAACAUUUCCAUGAAAGACAGAUUGAAGUGCCUUUCAGGUGACUGUACCAGCUUUUGUGAAAUAAAAACAUUUAUAUAUGC